GUGGUUAUUGGGCUUCCGUAGGGUUGCAUGGGUGCCAUAGUGACGAACACAGCAACAGACGCCUUUUCGAGGCAAAAACAUCCGCUUUAUAUGCUAAUCAUUACUGUUAUUUUUACAUGAUUUACAACUAAAACGGUGACAGUUGUGUGUUUACUGGAUUAAAGGACAGCAAUCAUGUCUUUUAGAGAUCUGAGAAAUUUUACAGAGAUGAUGCGAGCGCUUGGCUACCCUCGACUCAUUUCCAUGGAAAACUUCAGAUCUCCAAACUUCCCUUUAGUAGCUGAGAUUCUCAUCUGGCUUGUCAAGAGAUAUGAGCCUCAGAUGGAAAUUCCCAGUGAUGUUGAUACGGAGUCAGACAGAGUGUUUUUCAUCAAAGCUGUGGCUCAAUUCAUGGCCACUAAAGCUCACGUAAAGCUGAAUCUGAAGCGUCUCUAUCAGGCGGAUGGCUACGCUGUGAAAGAGAUGCUAAAAAUCACCAGCAUCCUCUAUAAUGCUAUGAAAACCAAGGAGAACGCAGGAGGAGAUCAGAACAAUGAUGAAAACAGCAAGUUCAAGUUUGAUCUGGGCUCAAAGAUUGCUGAUUUAAAGCUGGCUCGUCAGCUAGGCUCGGAGAUAACAGCAAAGGGUGCAGCUCUGUUUGACCUGCUAGGGCAAGAAGAGGACCUGAGAGAGAGCAGGACAGCUGCAAUUGCGCGACCACUAGAGAUCACAGAAACAGAGAGAGCCAUUAGAGCGGCGGUCAAAGAUGUUACGGAGAGCAUACAAAUGACAAAAGAUCUGCUCAACAACGUGUCAUCAGAUGAGGCCAGUCUGGAGGCUAAAAUCGAGAAGAAGAAACAAGACCUGGAGAGAAACCAGAAACGUUUGCAAACCUUACAGAGCGUGCGUCCAGCGUUUAUGGAUGAAUAUGAGAAGAUCGAGGAGGACUUGGAGAAACAGUACCAGACGUAUGUGGAGAAAUAUCGUAACCUGAGCUUCCUGGAGCAGCAGCUGGAUGACUAUCACAGAGUAGAGCAGGAGCGAUUCGAGGAAGCAGAAAUGGCAAUGAAAAUGAGACAGAACAAAUUAAAAGAGGAGGAGAAGAGGCUUAUGAGGAGCGGAGUAGCCAGAGAUGAAGAUUCGGACGUGGACAUACCAGAGGAUGAAGGCUCUGACAGUGACAUAGAUGACGGACAGCAGGCCAGACCGCACCACCCUCGACACACACAAAUAUCAGGUCGAGGUGGCGCUCGAUUCAUCGGCAGUAUGAGAGGAGGAGACAGCGAAGAGCCCAAAGUAAAGGAAAGAGCUGGCCUAUCCGGCAGUGGCCGGAAACAAAAGAAAAAAAAGGUGACAGAGGACAGUGAGAUUGACGUAGAUGACGACGACGAGGAUGAUGAUGAAGACGGUGAGGAAGAUGAAGAGGAAAAUGAAGAUCUGGAUGAAGAUAAUGACAGUCUGGAGGGAUCAUCUGGCAAACCCGGACGCACAAACCAAUCCCUGCACCCACAAAUCCUUGAGGAGAGCGAUAACGAUUUUUAACAUCGUCAAAAACUCAAUACAUAAUGACUUAAAAUAUGCUGUAUUGAUUUAAAUAUUCAUGAUUCUUAUGUAAAUUGCUGCAUUGAAGUUAAAUGUAUGUAAAUACACAUCUACAUCUCAUUUGUAUUCCUGUUAAAUCUUAAAUCUCGUUAAUUUGUGAGUUUGAGAGGGUUUUUGUUUGACUAAAAAUGCUUUAUUAAGGCUGUCAGUAAUGUUAUAUAAAAUAUAUUACAUUUUAUUUUAAUACAUAAACGUAAUGAUAUGUCACAAAUAUAUACACCAAUAAGGCUGUGAAUAAACAUGUUUCCUAAUG